AUGGUCGUGGACGUGGACAUGGACGUAGACAUGGUCGUGGACCUUGACGUGGACGCGGUCGUGGUCGUGGACGUGGUCGUGGACGUGGACAUGGACGUGGACGUGGACGUGGACGUGGACGUGGACGUGGACGUGGACGUGGAGGUGGACGUGGACAUGGACGUGGAUGUCGACAUGGACGUGGAUGUGGUCGUGGUCGUAGACGUGGACGUGGACGUGGACGUGGACGUGGAGGACGUGGAUGUGGAGGACGUGGACGUGGACAUGGAGGACGUGGACGUGGACGUGGACGUGGGCGUGGUCGUGGACGUGGAGGUUGACGUGGACGUGGACGUGGUCGUGGACGUGGAGGACUUGGACGUGGACAUGGAUGUGGACGUGGACGUGGACGUGGACGUGGACGUGGACAUGGUCGUGGACGUGGACGUGGACGUGGACGUGGACGUGGACGUGGACGUGGACGUGGACGUGAACGUGGACGUGGACAUGGUCGUGGACGUGGACGUGAACGUGGCAAAGACGUGGAACUUGCCUGGUCCAGGAACGUGCCUGGUCCAGGAGCUUGCCUGGUCCAUGAACGUGCCUGGUCCAGGAGCUUGCCUGGUCUAG